AUGGCCCCAGCCUUCAAGCAAGAGUCAGAAACCGAUCGUGAAUGGAUCUUAUUUUUUAUGCUGUCUCAAACAGGGGUGGAUUCAACUAUUCAGCAGUACCAUCUCUCACGCGGUCUAAAACAUAUUGAACGGUUUCUCAAUGCAGACACCUCUGAAAAAUGCCACAGUCUUCUCUCGGGCCAGCAGAGUCAAAAAGCGCACAUGACAUUCUUUUCAGAUAUACUGGGGCAAAUUAAUGAGUUUGAGCAAUCCGAGUCUCUAAAGGAUUUGACGGCCGCAAAAGAAAAAGAGCUAGUGCGCCAACCACGGGACUGCGACCCGGACAGUGGACCUGAGGAUGUUUGGCGGUGGGCACAUUCCAACCAGCCAUGUAGCCAAUUUGUCUUCUCUCUCUCGCAAGCCCCAUUACGAGAGUGGACGUAUGUCAUGUGGGAUCGUCAGCGGCUGGAUGGGUGGAGUGUGUUUGAGCGACCAUGGGAGUUCAUCGACGCAGAAGCGUGCGGAAAACUGUCGGAGACACGGAAAGAGGAAGAGUGCCUAGCAUUCGAAGAAAGGGCAAAGCGUCUGGAGAUACGAAGUAUAUGGAUCUAA